AUGCUGGGCUGGGUGGUGGUUCUCUGCCUGUGGGCUAGAACCGGCAGCGCAGGACAGCUGGAAUACUCCGUGUUCGAGGAGACUGAGCGCAGCAUGGCUGUGGCGAACGUCGCCGCCGACUUAGGGCUGGCAGUAGGUACACUUAUUUUCCGGAAAUUUCGCUUCCUUUCUAGCAACGGCGGUGAGACGUAUUUCGGGAUGGAGCCGGGCAGCGGCAGCCUGUUUGUCCGGGAUCCGGCGGACCGCGAGCGGCUCUGCGGGGCCAAGGCUACUUGCAUUCUCAACUAUGAGCUAGUGCUCAAAGACCCAUUGGAGCUUCACAAGAUGAGCGUCCGAAUUCUGGAUCUCAAUGACAACCCUCCUCGCUUCCCCGAAGGCGAGGUGCGGUUUCACCUCGCAGAGUUCCUACCGCCAGGAGCCCGCUUCACACUUCCCAACGCCCAGGACGCAGAUGAAGGAAUCAACGGGCAACUGAGCUAUUCGCUGAGUCCAAGCGAACACUUCCGCCUGGAGCUGGGGAGCCGGACUGAUGGCAGCGAGUAUCCAGAGUUGGUGCUGGUUAAAUCAUUGGAUCGUGAGAUGUGUGCCACCCACAGGCUGGUGCUGACCGCUUGGGACGGGGGUCAGCCGGGUCGUUCCGGGUCUGUCCAGGUCACAGUCACCGUUGUGGACACCAACGACAACGCACCCGAGUUUCAGCGCUCAGUGUACCGGGCCAGUGUCCCAGAGACAGCGCCCAACGGUACUGUUCUGAUCCGAGUGGAAGCCUCGGACCCUGAUGAGGGUACCAACGGGGAGGUCCGGUACACGUUCAGCAACAGCACUCCAGCAGAGCUGCGGCACCAGUUUCGAGUGCAUUCCCACAGCGGGGAGGUGACUGUGGUGGCGCCGCUUGGGCCCCCAGACACGCUGCUGGAGAUAUUCAUCGAGGCAAGAGACGAGGGAGCGUUUAGCUUAGCCAGCACAGCCAAGCUGCUAGUGGAAGUGACCGACGUGAACGACCACGCCCCAGAGGUGAGCAUCACUUCACUCUCCAGUCCAGUGUCGGAAGACGCGCCUCCGGGCACUGUGAUCGCUCUACUGAGUGUACGAGACGAAGAUCGAGGUCCAAAUGCAAGGGUGACCUGCACCAUCCAAAGCAGCGGCCCCUUCCAGCUACAACCAUCCUUCGACAACUACUACAGUCUGUUGACUGAUGGGCCUUUAGACCGGGAGCAGACCAGCGAGUACCAGGUCAUGAUCAUCGCUUCCGACGGCGGCUCUCCCCCGCUAAGCACGCGCAGGAGUGUGACCGUUCUCGUUGAGGAUGUGAAUGACCACGCGCCAAGCUUUCCUUUGCCCCAGCAGGAGUUCUUCGUAGCGGAGAACAACGGCGUUGGGGCCUCACUGGGCCGAGUGUUCGCCCAGGAUCCGGACCUGAGCCAGAAUGGCCUUGUGACCUACCUGCUGCGGAGUCUUCACUCAGACAGGCCACUGGCCUCCAGCCUGGUAGAAGUGGAGUCGACGAGUGGAGCCAUCACUGCCAAAACAUCCUUUGACUUCGAGCAGCUCAAGGCAUUUCACUUCGUGGUGGAAGCCCUGGAUGGCGGUAUUCCUGCCAGAAGCACAGAGGUGACGGUCAGCGUGUUCAUCGUGGACAGGAAUGACAACCCCCCAGUCAUCCUAUAUCCUGUGAUCAGAAACGUCUCAGUCCCAGUAGAAACUGUGCCCCGCCAGGCCAAAACAGGGCACUUGAUCACCAAGGUAGUAGCCAAAGAUGCAGACAGUGGGCCAAACGCUUGGCUUUCCUACCAUGUCCUGCAGGCUUCGGACCUGAGCCUGUUUGCGGUCUCCUCUAACACAGGAGAGCUCCGGACCCUGCGCCCCAUUCUGCCAGCAGAUGCAGUAAAGCAGAAGGUGGUAAUCGUGGUUCAGGACCAUGGGGAUCCUCCACUCUCCUCCUCGGUCACUUUGGGCGUACUGUUGGUAGACUCUCCCCCACAGGUCAUGCCUGACUUUAGGGAUGGGCGGGAAACACGUGGACAGCUUUCGGCCCCUAAUUUGUAUUUAGUAAUAGCCCUUGCUUGCAUUUCCUUUCUGUUUCUGGCGUGUUUAGCUUUCUUCAUUUGCAUCAAGUGGAACCAGUACCGAGCUCGUGGGUCUCAGAGCUGUUGCCCUGCACGCUAUUGCUCCCCAGAGUCGUACCAACGUCGAAAGAAGAAGCCUCAGAACCCUGGCCUGACGGCUGCCACCAUCGUCGUCACUGCAGUGGGAAGGCUUUCUCGAACCUACCUCUACCAGGCCUCUCUGGGGUUUGGUUCUAGCAAUAACAAUUUAAUGCUGCGUGGAGAAUACAGCACAGCAGACCUGAGGAAUCUUGUCAGUGGGGUUGGAUUGAAUUUGCCAGUAUCCUGUAUUCAGAUUGGAAACAGAAAAGGGGAUCAUGCACAUGACAAUGCUAUGGUAAGCCUGUGCUAUAAAGAAAUGAUUCCCAUGUUUUUGGGUUCUCUUGUCUGA